GGGAAGAAAGGAGAAGAAAAAGAAGCUCACGACUCACCACCGACCAGAAAAGCCCACCCAUCUUGAAACCCCUUUUUUCAAAUUCUAAUUCCAGAGUGGAGAAAAUCUUCCUGACUUGACCCGAACCUCUGCGGAUUUAAAAGGGCACACGUAAAAGGGCAGCGAACGAGGAACUCUUCAUACAUGAGCCGGGAGUGUCCAGAGGACUCCUCUCUCUUCUCGCUCUCCGGGUCUCCUCUUGUUGGGGUGCGGCGAUGACGCGUGCUUCCCUGGACUCGACCAGCGCAGGCUGAUGAAACACUUUGUCAAUCCUUUUUUUCUUCUGAUCCUCUUUUCCGUUUCCUUCUUUGCUUUACUGCACCCCAGGAAGAAACCUGCAACACAUCACCGCGGCGAAAGUUCUUCGUUUUGACAUUUGCGUUACGCAUGCUUUCCGGUGGCGCGCGGCUCUCGGGUAAAUGCGAUCACUUCUAGCCCGUCUGACUUUUCCUCCUUUUAUUUUGUUCAUCUUCUAAAGAGUGAUCCAGACGUAUAUCUCAUCAUCUGUGCACCGUGAGGGAUGGCGACCAGACCGCGCCGAGUCCACGAGUGCUUAUCUUCACUAUCGCGCACGGUUCGGAUGGACGAUGACAGCUCGUGCCACAGGUGAAUGAGCAUCGGAUCAGUUUCUCUCUGUGUCCCGAAGCUUGUUUUUGUGUGACUCCGGCGUUCCGGAUCGAGCUUGUUGCCUCCAGCGACGAUGGAUCUCAAAGUAGAAGCCGAAGAAAGGGACACGCAUCCACCUCCACCCGUGGAGGUGUUCGCGCACAGCUCCACUCUGCACGGAAUCUCUCACAUCUUCACGUACGAGCGCGUCUGCAUCAAGCGCUGCCUCUGGGUGGUGUUCUUCUUGGGCUCUCUGACCUUCCUGCUGUUCGUGUGCGUGGACCGGAUCCACUUCUACCUCGAGUACCCGCACGUCACCAAACUGGACGAGGUCACGACCCCGAUCAUGACGUUCCCCGCGGUCACCUUUUGCAACCUGAACGCGUUCCGGUUCAGCCGGGUGUCGCGCAACGACCUGUACCACGCCGGGGAGCUGCUGGCCCUGCUCAACCAGAGGUACGAGAUCAGAGACAUACACCUCGUGGAGGAGAGCGUCCUGGAGAGCCUCAAGGUCAAAGCCGAUUUUCACAAUUUCAAGCCGCGACCCUUCAACAUGCGGGAGUUCUACGACCGAACCGGCCACGACAUCAGCGACAUGCUGCUGGCCUGCCACUUCCACGGCACCGAGUGCAGAGCGGAGGACUUCCAAGUGGUCUUCACUCGCUACGGGAAGUGUUACACCUUUAACGCCGGCGGUGAUGGACGCCCCCCUCUCUUCACCACUAAGGGAGGUAUGGGCAACGGACUGGAGCUCAUGCUGGACAUCCAGCAGGAUGAAUACCUGCCCAUCUGGGGGGAGACAGAUGAGACUUCGUUUGAAGCCGGGGUCAAAGUUCAGAUCCACAGUCAGGACGAGCCGUCCUUCAUUGACCAGCUCGGGUUCGGAGUGGCGCCCGGCUUUCAGACGUUUGUUUCCUGCCAGGAGCAGAGGCUGAUCUAUCUUCCUCCUCCCUGGGGAGACUGCAAGGUGACGGCGAUGGAUUCAGACUUCUUCGACACGUACAGCAUCACGGCCUGCCGCAUCGACUGCGAGACUCGCUACCUGGUGGACAACUGCAACUGCCGCAUGGUGCACAUGCCGGGCGAUGCUCCCUACUGCACCCCCGAGCUGUACAAAGAAUGUGCUGACCCGGCUCUCGACUUCCUGGUGGAGAGAGACAACGACUUCUGUGUGUGUGAGACGCCGUGCAACAUGACCCGGUACAGCAAGGAGCUGUCCUUCGUCAAGAUCCCCAGCAAGGCCUCCGCCAAAUACCUGGCCAAGAAAUACAACAAGUCUGAGCAAUAUAUUAAAGAGAAUAUUCUGGUUUUAGACAUCUUCUUUGAGGCUCUCAACUAUGAAACUAUUGAACAGAAGAAAGCUUAUGAAGUGGCGGGACUUUUAGGUGACAUCGGGGGUCAGAUGGGGCUUUUUAUCGGAGCGAGCAUACUCACCAUCCUGGAGCUAUUCGACUAUCUUUAUGAGGUGAUAAAGUACAAGUUGUGUCGCUGCUCCGAUAAGAAGCACAAGCACAACAACAACAACAACGACCAGGGGACGGUCCUGAGCGUGGACGAUGUCAAGUGUCACGUCGGUAACUUUCAUUAGGAGUCUCGAGGACUUUGUUCGUUGAGGGUUUUUUUCCGAGGCCGCGGGAGCGACCCGGAGGGGAAGUGUCUUGAGCCUGGAGAGAGUUUGUGAGUUCAGCGUGUGGCUGGAGGAGAGGUCAUGCACACGGCUGUGGAGAGCACACACAGCAGACAUGUUGUGAGGAGUAAAGCAAAUUAGACUAAGUGCAUGGUCGUCUGUAAACAGCUUCUGGAGACGUAACAGAUCCGGUGGAUGAACUGAUCCGAGGUCGGCGUGUGUUCAGUGAGUCAGCGUUAGAAAUCCCAGCUGUGUGUGGAGCUCUUCGUGAAAAUAUUUGAUGCGACGUGUUUGUUUCCACUUACGAGAUGUUAUUUAUUAUUUUAAAAUAUAUAUAAAUAGAGUUUCAUCGGUGUUGUUGUUCUUGACUUGUUCCUUUUUUUUCCUCUUUUUUUCCCACCAACUUUCCAUUUUUUUAUAUUCAUGUCGCCCAACCUCGUUUCACGACCCACGUCUUCCCUCGUUAAACACCGGAGCAUUUUGCCGAGUAAACUGUACUACCUCAUCUCGCAGGUUGACGGCGCCCUGAAGAAGUAAUUCUCAUGUUUAGAAAUGAGCAGAAUAGGUUGAGGAUUUUUUUUUGUUCUGGCCUUGAAGAGAGCCCAUGCACAUGUGCUGACAGGUCUUUACUUCAAAGGUGUAAAUAUUAGCCACCAUGAGCUACAGCCCACAUCAGACACAGGCAUCCGAGUGGCCGCCAAUUCUGUUCUGUAUUGAGAGUAGUUUGACUUUUGGGGAAUACAUCUUAUUAGAGUUAGAGUUAGACGAGAAGACUGAAACCAUUCACUCUCCGUAAAAUGUAACGCGACGGCCAGGAGCUGGUUAGCUUAGCUUAGCACAAAGAAUGUAAACAGGUGGUAAACAGCUGACCAGGUUGCAACAAAUCACAAAUAAAUAUCUUCCUUUAAGUCCAAACCCGUAAAACCGUGUGUGUCGUUUUUGCUGUAAUUGGACAGGCUAGCUGUUUCCCCCUGUUUCCAGUCAUUAUGCUAAGCUAAGCUAACUGGCUGUAGGCGUUCUCCACUCUCUCCACUAGAGACCUAAAGCCUGUUUCUCUCAUAAUGCUGAACUUUUGCUUUAAUGCACUUUUAGCAUUUUGAAGAACAUCCAACGAAAUUAGCUAAAAAACUGUAUUUUAACAUGAUAAAGAGAAGUUUAAAUAAACAGCAACGGCUAAAUUAAAUUCACACACACAUGUGUACAACCAGGUGCUACGUACUGUAUGAUUUUACUUCAAAUUCCCUUUUUAAUGAAAACCCCUGGAUACAUUUAAAGAAAUUAAAAACGCAUAUUUCCUGACAAGAGGCAAAAUAAUUGACAUUAAUCUAAGGCAGUGUCUUACAUGUGUACAUGUAGGUGCUGUUCAUCACAUUUAAGGUAAUUUUUCUUUUGUUUGUUUUUUUUGCAAGAAAAAACUAAUGAGUAUAAAUAUGUAGAAUGUGUUUUUCCAUCUUCUCGGGCUCUGAGUUGCAUGUAGCACUGACCAGUAGGCGCCUUAAGUGUGCUCCAUCAAUGAACAAGGUUUACUUCCAUCUGUCUGUUGAAUGUGAAUUUUUUUUUCAUUUGUGUGUGUUUUUUAUGUUAUGUUGAAAAAUGAUUCAUAAUGCGACCUUCAUAUCCAAAACACUGAACCUGUUAUCAGUUGGUAAACAUGUCGGCUCUGGCAUGUUCAAUACUGGGUCUAUUCUAACUAUGUUUACAAAAAUCGAACAAUAUUCUGUUGCCGUUAAUCCACUUGCACUCAUUCCCAUUGAGAUCCGUGUUUUCUUAACAGGAAGUGGGAAAUGUAGUAGUAUUAUCAAGCACAAUCAUUCCAUCAACCGCAAUGUAAUGUAAAUAUUGGAUAAUAAUCUCAUUAUUACGAUGGUCUGAUCUGUGUAAUGUUGUACUUGUUGUAUUUAGACUUUGGGUAUCUCUUUCUGUAUAUAUGAUUGUACGUUUAUUUAUGAGAAGUAUAUUUAUCAAAUAUUAAAGUAUGAGGCUCUUUCUAUUCCUUUCGUUUGUAUUGCUACAGUCACAGCUGCUUCAAAUGUAUCAUCGGUAAAUAAAAAUGAACAGCUGGAUUGUUGUCUCAGAAAUGA